AUGGGGUUGUUGUUUGUAUUAUUGGGGGUUUUUUGUUGGGGGGGUGGGGUUGUGUUUGGGGUUGGUGGGGGGGGUGGGGUGGGGGGGGGGGUGGGGUUUGGGUUGGGGGGGGUGUUGGGUGGUGGGGUGUGGGGGGGGGGGUGGUGGUGGGGGGGUGGGGGGGGGGGGGGGGGGGUGUUGGUGUGUGUGGGGGGUGUGGGGUGUGGGUUGUUUGUUUUUAGGGAUGGUGUUUGGGUUAGUGUUAGUGGUUGGUGUUGUGUUGUUUGGGUGGUGUUGUGGUUGGUGGUGGUUUGGUUGGUGUUUGUGGUUGGUUUGGUGUGGUUGGGUGGUGUUGUGGUUGGGUGGUGUGUGGUUGGGGGUGGUGUUGUGUUGGUGGUGAUGUUGUUGUGGUUUGUGGUUGGUGGUUUUGUUGUUGUGUGGUGGGGUUGUAGGUUGGGGUUUUUUGGUUGGUGUGUUGUGGUUGGUGUUUUGGUGGUGUUUUUGUUGUUGGGGUGGUGGGUUGUGGUUGUGGUGUUGUGGUUGGUGUGUUUUUGGUUGGGGUGGUUUUGUUUUGGUGUUUUGUGUGGGGGGGGUGUGGUUGGUUGGGGGGGGGGGUGUGGGUUGGUUUUGGGGGGGUGGGGGGGGGGGGGGGGGGGGGGGUGUGUGGUGGGUGUUUUUGUGGGUUGUGGGGUGUGGGGGUGGUGGGGGGGGGUUGGUGGGGGGGGGGGGGUGGGUGUGGGGGUUUGUGUUGUGGUUGGGGUGGUUAUGGGUUUUGGUGGUGGUGUGAGUUGUUGGUGGGAUAGGUUUGUUGUUUGUUGUGGAGGUGGUUUUGUGGGUUGGGUGGGGUUUGGGUGGGGGGUGGGUUUGGGUUUGUUGUGGGUGUGUGGUUGUGAGAAUGUGGGGAGUGUAGUGGGAGAGAGAAGGGGGAGAGAUGAGUGGAGUGAGAGGUUGGAGAGUGUGUGGUGUGUGUGUGUGUGUUUGGGGUGUGGGUGUGGUGUGUGUGUGGGUGUGUGUUGUGUAGUGUGGGUGUGUGUAGUUGAGUGGUUUGUGUGUGGGUGUGAGUGGGUUUUGGUUUGUUGGGGGGGGGAGGGUGGGGGUGUGUGGGGGGGGUGGGGUUUUGGGUGGGGUGGUUGGGGGGUGUUGGUUUUGGUUGUGGUUGGGGGUGUUGUGGGGUGUGGUGGGGGUUUGGGUGGGGGUGGUGGGAGGGUAGGGGGUUUUGGGUGGUUUGUGAGGGUUAGGGGGGGGUUGAGAGGGGGGGGGGGGUGGUUUGGGUGGUGGUGUUUGGGGUGGUUGGGUGUGGGAGGUGUUAGUGGGGUGGGGUGUGGUGUGGUGGGGUGUGUGGUUUGUGGGGUUGGUGGGUGUUAUGGGGGGUGUAUUGGUUUGGUGGUGGGGGGGGGGGGGGGUUUUUUGGGUGGGGGGGUGUGGGGGGGUGGUUGGGUGUUUGUGGUUGGUUGGGGGGGGGGGGGUGUUGGGGGGGUGUGGGGGGGGGUUGGAGGGGUUUGGUGGGGGUGGGGGGUGGGGGGGGGAGGGUGUGGGUUGUGUGGGGGGGGGGGGGGUGUUGGUUGGGUUGUGUUUAGAAUGGGAAGUGGAGUUGGGAUGAGGGGGGGGGGGUUGAAGAUGGAGGAUUGUGUUAGGUAUUGUGGUUUGGGUGGGGGGGGGGUAUUUGUUGGUAAUGGGUGUGGGGUUGUGGGUGGGGGGGGUGAGUGGGGAGGUGGGGGUUGGGGGGGGGAUGGGUGGUUUGUGUUGGUGUGGGUGGGGGGAGUGUGUGGGUGGUGGUUGAGUGGUGGUGUUUUUGGGGGGGUGAUUAUGGUUGUGGGGGUGGUUGGGGGGGGUUGUUGGGUGGGGGUGGUUUGGGUGGGGUUGGAUGGGGGUUUGUUGGGGGAGUUGGGGGGGGGGGGGUAUGUUGUUGGGGGGGGGUUUUGUGGUUGUGGGUGGGGGGGGUGGUGGGUGGUGGGGGUUUGUUUUGGUUUGGUGUGGGGGGGGGGGGGGGGUGUGUUGGGGUUUGAUUGUGGUAUGGGUGUGAUGGGGGUUUGUGUGGUGUGUGUGUGGUGGGGGGUUGUGGUGUGGUGUUGGUUUUGUGUGGGUUUUUGUUGUGUUUGUGGGUUGGUGUUUGGUGGGUGGGGUUGGGUGUGGUUGUGUAUGUUUGUUAAUGAUUGGGGGGGGGGGGGGGUGGUGGUUGUGGUGGUGUGGGGAGGGAUGGUGUGGUUGGGUGGGUGGGGGGUUGGGGGGUGGUUGGGUGGGGGGGUUGUGGUGGGGUUGUUUUUUUUGGUUGGGGGGGAUGGAUGGAGUUGGGGUUGUGUGUUUGUGGUGGUGGUGGGGGGUGGGGGGGUCGGGGGGGGGUGUGUGGGGUGGGGGUGUGUGGUGUGGUGGGUGUUUGGUGUUUUGGUUGUUGGGUUUGGGGUGGGGGUGGGGGGUUGGGGGGUUGGGGGGGUGGGGGGGGGGGGUUGUUGUUGGUUUGUGGGGGGGGGGUUGGGUUGUUUUGUGGUUGUUUGGUUGGGGUGUGUUGUGUGUGUUUGUUGGUGGUGGGGUUUGGGGUUGGUGUGGGGGUGGGGGGGGUUGUGUGGUGGGUUGUUUUUUGGUGGGGUUUGUGUUGGGUGGGUUGUGUUGUGGGGGGUGUGGGGGGGUGGGGGGGUGUGUGUGGGGGGGGUGGGGGGUGUGGGGGGGGGGGGUUGGGGUUUUGGUGUUGGGGUGUUGGGGGUGUGGGGGGUUUGUGGGUUUGGGGUGGUGGGUGUGUUGGUUUGUUGGGGGGUGUUGGUUUGGGUGUUGGGGAGUUUUGGUGUGGUGUGGUGGGUGGGGGUUGGUUGGGGUGGGGUUGUAGUUUGGGGUGGAGGGUGUGGGGGUAGGGGGUAUUUGUGGGGUGUUGUAUUGGGUGUGAUGAGGUAUUUUUGGGUUUGGGAGAUUGAUAGUGUGUUGGUUGGGGGUGUGGGGGUUUGGGGGGGUUGGGUGGAUUGGUGUAUUGGUGUUGUUGUGUGGGGGGUUGGGUUGGGGUUGGAGGGGUGUGGUGGGUUUGUGGGGGGUGGGGGGUUUAGGGGUUGUGGGGGGGGGGGUGGGGUGGUUUGGGGGGGGUGGGGUGGGGUAUGUAGUGUUAAUUGGUGGGUUGGGGGUGUGUGGGGGGGGGGGGGUAUUGGUGGGGGGGGGUAUGGUGGGUUUUUUUGUGGUAGUGGAUUGGGGGUGGGGGGGUGGGGGGUGUGGUGGGGGGGGGGUGUGUUUGGUGUUGGGUGGUUUGGGUGUGGUGUGGGGGGGUUGGGGUGGGGGUGGUUGUGUGUUGGGUGGGUUGUGGGGGGUUUGGGGUGUGUUUGUUGUUGUUUUUUGUUGUGGGGGGGUUGGUGUUGGGGGUUGGGUGUGUGGGUGGGGGGUGGGUUGGGUUUGGGUGGGGGGGGGGUUUGUGGGGUGUGGGGGGGGGUGGGUGGUUGUGUGGGUUGUGGGGGGUGGGGGGGGGGGGUGUGGUGGGGGGGGGGGUGGGUAGGUUGGGUUUGGGGGGGGGGGGGUGUGUGGUUUGGUGGGUUUUGGGUUGUUUGUUGGGUGGGGGUGGGUGGUGGGGGUGGGGGGGGGUGGGGUGGGGUGUGGGGGGUUGGGGGGUUUGUGGGUGGUGUGGGGGGGUUGUGUGGUUGUUUGUGGUUGGGGUGUUUGGGGGUGGUGGGGUGGUUUGUUUUGGGGGGUUGGGGGGGUUUGUGUGUUUGUUUGUGUGUGGUGUUGGGGGGGGGUGUGUGGGUUGUUUGUGUGUGUUGGGUUGGUGGUGUGUUUGGGGUGGGGGAGUGGUUUGGGGGGUGGGUUUGGGGUUGUGUUUUUGUGGUAUUUUAA